GCAUGGUCCGCCUUUGUCUGCAGAAUCUCACUUUCCUACCCUCAUUGAGAAGACAUGGGCGAGUCAAAUCACUGGCGAAUGAAAUUAAACAAUUACCUCCAGGCGAACGGAGGCAACCAUAUACUGUCGUGGGAUAUCUCCCAGAGCGGCCCUCUGCAUCGCCCUGUGUGGGCAGCAGUAGCUUACAUUCGAGGCGUCGAGUACGGCAGAAGCACCGGCUCUAGCCAAGACGCUGUCAAGGAGGAGGCCGCGCGACAAACGCUAGCGGCGCUGCAGCACGACAGAGGCAUGAGAGGAUGAUUCCAUGCGUCCCGCGUCUUUCGUAUGCUGUCACUUUGCUAUUGCUAUUGUUAUCGUUAUAUUCUGCCUCACUCCGCCAUCGUCACCCAAGGACACUCUGGAUAAAUUAUUCUGCUAUGGAUUCAUCCCCGCAUGAGCAUCGGACUUUGUCUUGUAGAUGCUAUAUCCAUCGUAACUCUAUUAUGUAUGCCCUCAACUCGCUGUCUCAUUUUCAACUAGCAUCGUAUUGC